AUGCCGUUUCCCCAGCGUCACUAUAAGAUCGUCGAUUUUCCGAGUGGGACUACACAAGAAGGGGCCAAGACGGCAGAGUAUGAGAGUGCACCGCCGAUUGAGGAAAAAGCUGAGGAGAAAGAGAGGAUGAAAGAGCGGCUCUCUAAGUUUUUAGAGAUCUUUAAGAAGGUGAACAUCAACAUUUCGUUGGUGGAGAUGUUACUAGAGAUGCUGCAAUAUGCCAAAUUCCUCAAGGACAUAGUCUCGCAAAAGAAGAAGUUGGGGAAGUUUGAGACCGUGAGGCUCAAUGAAGAAUGUAGCGCGAUUCUGCAGAGGAAGCUGUCGGCGAAGGUCAAAGAUCCGGGCAGUUUCACACUUUUCUGCAUUAUUGGAGGCCAGCAUUUUGGGAGGUCACUUUGCGACUUGGGGGCAAGCAUCAAUCUCAUGCCGUUAUCAAUUUUUCAGCAGUUGGCAAUUGGGGAGUUGAAGCCUACAUAUAUGAGGUUGCAGAUGGCAGGCAGGUCGAUCACUUAUCCUCGCGGAAUUGUGGAGAACGUGCUCGUGAAGGUGGAGGAUUUUAUUUUCCCUGCCGAUUUUGUGGUAUUAGACAUUGAGGACGACAACAAAAUUUCGCUGAUUUUGGGGCGUCCGUUCCUUGCAACAGGAAGAGCUUUGAUUGAUGUGGAGAAAGGAGAGCUCACGCUGCGAGUUCAUGAUGAAAGCCAAACAUUCUUUGCCUAUAAACCAUGCCACAUCCGCAAGGACGAAGUGUCCAAGAAAGCUAAAGAUUUGGGAAAGGAUCCAGGUGAUCAGAAUUCGCAGGGAGGAAGAAUGACUGGCAAGAUUGGAGCAGAGUGUAACUGGGUGCAGAUUUGCUUGUACCAGCUUCCUUGA